AUGAACAGAAGCCUCUCAAAACAAGUUGGCGAGAUCUCUCAUGACUGGCGAGGAUGCUGCGGCGGUAGUUUCAGUGUUUUUCUUUCCCCUGAAGUGGAUAAUUUUACACUAAGAGGUAAGAAGUAGACAGUAGCUACUACCUUUGUAGGUAAUUGUGAUGUAGACAUCCACUGUCUAUAAACUACGUCCUCUUAUUCGUUGAGCUAUCCUGCGUCUAUCAGCUUACGAAAUGGCGACACAAAACCGUAGGGUCAGAAAUCUGCAUCUGACAGUCAACGUGGUGCAUUGCGGGCGCACGAAUACAUUCGGAAAAUACAGAAAUAUUGUAUGUGUACAGUAUGUCUUAGUUAGAUGUGCAGUAUAAAUAAUUAUGCAUUUCUGGCACUUGAUUAUGGAAAAGUAAUGUUUCAAAUUCGGUAUAGGAAAAAUUGCGUAAGGCAGUGUCAAAACACGCGUUUAUAUGCCAAUACCUAUCUCUUAAGCCUGGUUCACACUAACAAUUCUGUUGGUGAUUUUUCUCCUCCUGGGGAAUGUGAUUUAAUGAAUGACGUGCAAAAGACUUUCGAAAAGGUUCUAUACUUUAGUGUGCGGGUUCACUCAUUCACAUUCGUCAGGGAGUUACAGUCGCCGACAAAUUCCUAGCGUGAUCUUGCUUUCGCGGGAUAAUUCAAGAUGGAAGGCAUUCUUGAGAAAGUGAUCGCUAACUUACAAAAUGAAUUUCCCGGAGAAGCUAACAAAGGCGAAUUGUUAGCUCGUGUUCAAGAAAUUCCAAUGGAGGAUACGGAGUACAAGAUUGUGUAUGUUAAAGGAACUAGUAACAACUUCAAGGCAAACGUUAAGGUGGAUUUUAAGAACGAAGUAGAUGUCUAUUUGUUUGUAAGGAAUUAUGGCCACAAGAACAAUGAAACACUGAGAAUCCUAAAAACGAGGAAAUCAGGAAACAAGAAAGCGAAGACUGUCUUGCAUGUGAAGUAUUUUAGGUGUCACUAUAACACCAGACAUGAAGCUACAAAACUGCCAGAUCAAGUUUUAGCAUCUAAACCAACCAAGCGGUUCAAGAACACCAAUUGUCCUUUCUCUUUGAUUGUGCGAAUUGGCCAAAAUACAGAGAAUAAAAAUGUUUCUUCAUCUAUCGAUAUAGAAUGGAACCAUAACCACACGGUCGAUUCACUGCACUCAUGAAGCUUAAGAGAUACACCAGACUCAAUGAUAAGACAAAUCAAACAGAUUUUUGCUCGUGGCCUGUUACCAGCUGCAGCCUAUCGAAAGCUGUUGAGGUAGCUCAAGAGUAAAAGCAAGGAUGAUCUUGAGUAUCACAAGAGACUUUCAGAUCGUUCACAAGCACCAAGGCAAAAAGACUUCAACGAUAUUUACACAGAGUUUAAGAAAGAGCAAUUUGGAUGUGGAAGCAUAUCGACUAUGUUUUCAGCACUUGAGGAGAGAUGAAGGAACCUAGUAGAGCAAAAAGAUGAGGACUAUGUAAUGCAAUUUCAAAAUUCUGAAGAGCCAUUAACCAGCCGUUUAUCCAGCUAGAGGUGUUUGUGAUGCCCUUUCUUUAGGAAUCAUUGUAACCAGUGAUGAAAAGAAACCAACUCUUGUAGAUGCCUUAGAGUUAUACCAAUCCGCAACAUCCGACUUUGGUUUUUAUGUAGCUACAGCAUCUGGCCCACAAGUAUUCACGACCGACAACUGCUGUGAGCUAAGGGAAGCCUUGAAAGACGUUUGGCCCAAAGCAACAACGGUUGUAUGCAUUUUUAAUAUUCUUCAACAGGUAGUUAUCAAUAGUUUUGUUAAUUUUUAGUUUCUAUUCUUAAGAUGCACCUAACUAAUCAAGCGCUAGCACUAUCACCAGUAUAAGGAUUACUGAAAUCCUUAGCUAACCAAUGUUAUCUUCUCCAUCCCCACUCGAGACCUGUCACCCCUAUGAAAACGGGGAAAUCAGCCCCCACGUUAAAUAAACGAAGCAGGCAACACGAUGGUCCCAGGAGAAAGAAGAUGACGAUUCGCAUCGGGAAAAGACUUCGAAAUGGUUAUGGAUAUGGAACCCACGUGGAUGCAUGAACAUGAAGCAUAACAAGCAGCGAGAAAAGCAAAACCACGGCGGGGUGAGGAGCAUGAGUGGGAAGCUCGAAGCAACUGAUAGCGAACGCCUAACUCUUCAUUCUAUUCGCAUUAUAUAUUCAUACAACAAGGUGUUAUGCGUGACAGUGCGGGCGUAUCUUAAUUUAAUUCUCUAGCUGUUAACUACCAUUUAUUGUGCCAGUAAAAUACAUUUUGUUACGAGCCGGUCCUUACUAAUUUAUUUGGCCGCGCUUUUGGUUCUAUUUGCUCGCAACAAAGAUUGUGAAACCAAUUACUUUCAAUGAUAUAUUUAUUUUCUUACUUAUAUAUUACUCAAUAAUUAGCGUCUUUAUAACUUUCCUUAAUAUAUAUAAUAUAAUUCUUAGUGCUGUUCAACUUAUCUCUUUUCUGUCUGACUGAGCACAACUCUUUUGUUUUCGGCUUCUUCACGUAACUUCGCUUUGUAACUUCAAUAACUCUUUCGUAUAUAACUUGUAUAUAACUUGUCAUAAUCCUUCCUUAACAAUCUUCUUUAUAAUAACUUUCCAAAAUGAUAUUCACGUAAGGCGCUGAGGCCUUAUAAAUCAUGUAAAGCGCGGAGGCCUAUGAAUGAUGAAUCAUGUAAGGCGCGGAGGCCUUUCUAUGAAUAAUGUAUUAGAGUUGUGCUCUCCCUUAUAUAUAUUGUUCAGAGAGGAACUUUUUAACUUGCAGUGUCAUUACUUAGCUUGGGAAGAUCUUUACAAUCUUCUUGCGGUAACCGAUCCCGCGUCCGUUACGCACUUGUGGUAACCUAAAUUUUUGCUUGCUCAUGCGUGAUCAAACUAAAAGAACUUCCCAUGCGUAAAACAAUUUCCCAUAGGUAAAUUCUUUAACUAACUUAGAGUAAUAUAAUAUAACCAAACUAUGAUAAACAUAUGAUAAAAAGUAUUAAUGUAUAAUAUAUAAUGUUGUAAAAUAUACAUGAUAAUAGCUAUCAUGUAACAAUUUAUAUACGAGGGCUUAAUUAUCAGUAUAUAUAAUUAUCACGAAUAUACAAUGGCGUAAUUACCCUGUAUUGUUUAUCAGCAUGAAUAUUUUAGUGUUGUUUUGUUAUUCUUGUUACUGUAUGUAUGUUAAAGAUGAGUUAAUGUUAAAGAUGAGUUAAUGUUAAAGAUGAGUUAAUGUUAAUUAUUAAUAACGCUGCGUAAUAAAGUUUGCAUUUUGUUGGUCUAUUCUUUGUGUGUUUUGUAAUAUUUUUUUUAAUAAAGGAGUGGGUUAUAUGUCUGUUUUUCCUGUGAAAUUGAGAGCCAAAUAAUGAAUGUAUCAACCUAAAAAGUAGAAAUAUUUAUAGUCAAUAAGCCUACAAGUGCAAAAAAUAUUAUUAUGCAAGAAAAUGAGCAAAAAGUGACUGUCGGUAAAAUUCUUACAUAAGAAUUAUUGAACUGAACCACUGACACAAGAUAUUUUUCGUAGGUUUCGUAGGAAGAUUUAGAACAGAUUAGCACCCUCUCCCGUAAGGCUGUCGGCUUUCGGCAGAAGAUUUUGCAGGUAGGGAGGAAGAAGUUUUGUGAUAAACGUAAAACUUUAUAGGCAUAUUGUCAUGUCACUGAGCGUUGGAUAGGCCAGACAAGUUCAGAAUUUGAUAAGCGGUACACAAUCAUAUACAUUUAUCUUGAAAGUCUCAAAGAGUUGUUCUUCUUUCUUUAGUUGAUAAAGAACUACCUGUAAGAAGUAAAGCCCUUCUAUUCGGCGCUUUGAUGUUGGCGGUAUGUUCAUAUAAUAUAGUUCUGGUCAUAUCUGGUGAAACAAGGUUUAUAUAUACCUAUAUAUAUAUAUAUAUAUAUAUAUAUAUAUAUAUAUAUAUAUAUAUAUAUAUAUAUAUAUAUAUAUAUAUAUAUAUAUAUUUAUAAUAUAGUCAUUCACCGUAUAUGAGCUGUUCUGCAAUCUGAUUGGUUGAAGCUGAUUGGUUGAGUAGCGAAAAACAAGAUGGCGGUCCAAAAACUACAUGAGUUUUGCGAAGCAGAAAAAUAAUAGUACAAGCAGAAACUCUCAAAAAAAUUUGACAGGUUAGCAAAAUACAUUCAUUACAUAGAAAUUAGUUUAAAUACAAGUUUUUUAAAGAAUUAAUACCGAAACAACAGCGAAAAAAACAUGUUCAUUGAGAAUAUAAAUUGUUCAGGAUAGUUUGCAACGAAAGACAAAUGAAUUUUCAGUCAGCAAGCACUUACUAUACUACCAAACAUCUGUAUAAUAUAUCUGAGCUUUUCUGUGAGAUAUACCGGUUCUAAAACCAUUUCUUUCACUUCGUCUUCGAGUUGUAAAACAAAAGUUAAAAGUAUAUUUCAAAUUUUCGAGGCCAAGCGGUUUUUAGCCCAACAAAUUGUCAAAACAUUGUAAACAGAGGAUAAUUAAUUAUUACCUCAGUUAAUGGCUCUUAGACUAUAUUAUAAAACAAUUAUACCAUUCGCUCUCGUCGUAUAUGGCUGAUAGCCGACUCAGUGCUACGCACCUCAUCGGCUAUCAGCUCAUAUACCACUCGAGCUCAUGGUAUAAUUGUAAUAUAUUUAUAUAUAUAUAUAUAAUCGAAGCCGGGCGUUUUAUAGAUAUGAUAAAACACUCCUUCUCGUGUUUUGAAUAGCUUAAAAUACGACUACAAAAGAAUACUAAUUAGGAUGAACAAUUAUAUAAUCAUAUUAAUUAGGAUGAACAAUUAUAUAAAGGAUACUAAUGAAGAUGAGUUUUAUCAGAUAUAAAGUCACUCCACGUGACAUAUUAUGGCUGACAUGAUUUGCCACAAGGUUUAUGAAUUUUUAAUGAUAUUUUAAAUAUAUUAUGUACUAUUUAAAACACGAGUAGGAGUGUUUUAUCAGAUAUAAAACGCGAGGCGCAGUGCUUUAAAUGGCUUAAAAAACGACUCAUCUUAUAUGAGUUCAUUGGCGAAGUAUUUUUUAAAAUAAACUUUGUCUAAACCGAGAAAAUCAAAGCUAAAGUUUAUGUAAAUGAACAUGAUUUUUUAUCACAUAUAAAGAUACGACACGCUUAUGAUUUUUCUUUGUGUUUUCGUCCUGAAUUAUUAAUGAGUUUUUUAAAUAUAUAUAUAUAUAUAUAUAUAUAUAUAUAUAUAUAUAUAUAUAUAUAUAUAUAUAUAUAUAUACGAAUGUGGUUUGGUUCACAAAAUGCCAAAGAGUGCUCGAUGUCAUAUAGAUAGAGCAGAAAUAAUACAGUUCUAAAAACGCAAAUGUGUAUAUUAUAAAUGUACAAUUCUAAAAACGCAAAUGUGUAUAUAAAUAUAUGAUAUGCUCUAUAACAUGCUUUUAAUUUUCAAGAAAUUCAUUCAUCGAGCAUCAAAAACUAUAGGAAAAUAUUUUGGGAGAGGACCUCUUUUUCAUAUUCAACGUUAUUACGUCACUCCUUUGAAUAUGAUUUCUUUCAUAUUCGACGUUAUAACAUCACUCUGUUGAAUAUUAUGUCAUAUAUAACUCAUAACUCCAUAUAUUUGGUCAGCUAUUGAGUUGAUAUGACGAUUUCGUAAUUGGAAUUUAGCCAAUCAGAAACCACGAAUCUUUUAAAUAAAUAAUAAUUUUAUAUGGCUCUCUUUCUCUAUUCUAUUCAUAUUUUAAUCUAUCUUGUCUUUUUAUCAGCAUUUCAAUUACAUGGAAGUUCUGUGAGCCUAAAGGACAACGCGUUGGGUACUUGGGUUGUAGAGAUAAUAAAAUAUUUUGUGCGGUACCAAGGGAAACAACAUAUCAGAACUUGUUACAGUAUAUUUCGUUCAUUGAUAAUUUUGUAACGUAAAAUAUAUAUGUACUCAAUUAUAAAUAUAUAAAUAUAUAUUUUACAUUUUUUGAACAGUUUGCGAUUAACUUUGAUUCUUAAUUUAGUGCGUACAAAGCGAACUUUUUUAUUAUCUCCCUAGGAGGCCGUUUGAAAAUGAACAAGACUGCCGUUUUCAGUUUAUCAAUAUCUAUUUUCGUUCAGGAGUUAUUGA